AUGAAGUCCGUUUCAUACGUGAUAGAUCCUGACGGGGACAUUGAACUCGUGCUCAACGAGCCGAAUACCCAGCGUAUCCUCCCAGAAAGAGUCCUGUGUGUAGAUGCAUAUGUCGCCAGCGACUCACCCACCACCGACUACACCGAUUUCACCUGCUUAAACAACUCAGCACUCCAAGGACGAUACACGGUCUUUGACAACUUCGAUUCUCCUUUUCUUGAUGACUACGGUGACUUGGACUUCGUAGAAGAGGCUCCAGACAUUGUGCGCAUGAGAGUGUCUUCAAAGCAUCUUACGCUUGCCUCGAAGGUUUUCAGAGCCAUGCUUCGAGGCUCAUGGGCCGAGGCCUCCUCGUCAUCUUCUUCUCAAGAUAGGCCUCGCCAACUUGCGACCUCUGACUGGGACGCCAAGGCCCUCGCAAUCGUUCUUGAUGCGAUACACGGGCGUUUUCGUCUGAUCCCGAAGGACAUCAACCUCGUUCUUCUGGCUCGUAUCGCCACCAUCGUCGACUACUAUCAAUGCUACGAAAGCAUGGAGCUCAUCAGCAACUUGUGGCUCUCUCAGCAGUCUGUUACGCAGCAAAACAUCGAUUUGUACACCGAAAACUCAUUGCUGCUGCUAUACGUCGCGUGGGUCUUUGAGAGUGAUGUUCUUUUCACUGCCGUGGCCCGCCGGGUUUUGAGGUACGGUCAAGGACCUUCGGAAUUCGAUUUGAAGGACCUUCCUGUUGGUGGCGUCCUCGACAUCCUGAAUGACAAAAGAACGGAGCUUAUCGGACGGAUCUUGGACGGUCUCGAUAUCCUCCAAGAAACCCUCCGCACAGAGAAUGAAUGUCCAGGUUUGGGCUUGUCUGACUGCUCAUCCACAUUGCUUGGAAUGUUGAUGCGAGAAACCUUCAGAUGGGAGGAACAAUAUGAGCCCCUCGAGCCUCCUUACGACGGAUACAACAUCGUCACAAUGCGAGCCUUGGUCGAUGGGUUCCCCCGACCCAAGCCAUUGCAGCCGAAAUACGAUAACUCCGGGAGCAGUAGCUCUGGAGAACUCGACGUGUUUCAUCGACGGUGCAUGUGCACCAUCCAGGGGCGGAUGCAGAAAUUGAUGAAGGGGGUAAACAAUGACAUCAAGGCUUUCCGCCCUUCACGCAUUCAGGGCUGGGGAUUGCGUCAGAAGGAGGGUGACUAG